GAGCUGUUAGCGCAGAGGACCGAUCCAUCUGCACUCACCUCAGCCGCCCGGCAUGCGCUCGCUCGGAACAGGGUUUCUAUGGAGACCGGAGAUGGGCGAGGCGCUUUGACAAGUUUUAUUUAUUAAAACGCAGCUGGAGUCGUUCCUCCUCCUGGAACACUGAGGCAUCACCGCUGGCAGGAAAGUGACCUUGAGAAAAUGGAAUAUAUAUUGAAUUCAGUGUUUAUUGUUAUUGUUUUAAAAAAUGUAGUGAAUGAAGUCGAGUCAUGAGUGUGUGAUUGUUGACUUUUGCUUUAGUGUGUUACACACCCUGUUCAUACACACACCAUGUCAGAGUAUGUUUUACUGUCGGCAUGCAGCUGUGGCUACAGGGUGUAGCUUUACUACUGGGAAUUCCCACUUUAUUCACUUAGAAUCUCACCAUCUUGAACAUCCCUGUUACUCCAAAUGACUUGGAUCAGCCAGAAUUAGAGUCUGACGAUUUAAUUUAGCGCUAAAUUUGUGUCACGAAAUCUUUUUAAUAAAUGCGUCUGAAAAAGCCACAAAAUCCGUUUGUAAGGAAACAUUUUAUUUUUAAUUUUAAACAUUUAUUUCGGAGAAGUUUUUGAGUUUCACUAGAAGUUCAGUGUUUGAGUCUGAAUUCGAGUUGAUUCAGAUUCUAUUUGGAUUUUAUUUUUGUACCCCUGCAGUUGCAAGAAUUUAUUAAGAGUCUUCUCUUAAUUAGAAAUAAUAUCCAUUUUAUUAAUUCUGUGUGAAAAAUUUGCCCCUUCUACAUCUUGAAGCUCAUUGGUGUUCGGGUCUCGGGUGAACUAUCCUCAGAACUUGUUUGAAUUUAGUUGAUGUCCAAGAUGGCGUCCUCCAUGAUGUCCACAUCACGUGUCCUGUGUGUCAGUCUGCAUCUUAAAUCUCAGUUGCAUGUUUUGUAUGACCAAGUUGGUGGAGUGUGUUUUGUGAAUGUAUGUGUGGUAUUGGGUGUGUAGGUGAAAGUGUGUGUGUGUAUUGAUGCAGCUGUGCAGUUGUGUAGCGGAGAGCAUUACGUCUUUAUGACAGCUCUGCGCUGAACUGGCUCAUGGGACACAUAAAGGCGUGUAGACUUCCAGCUAUUUACUCUCUCUCUCUCUCACACACACACACACACACACACACACACACACACACACAGUGAGGAUUGUGAACAUGACUGGAUUUUUAACUCCAGUCUACAUAAAGUUUUGCAGAACUUCUCUGCAUUUCUGUGAAUCCUGAAUCCAUUCUGAAAGCGAUGUGGAGCGCCAUCAGUAGCUUGUAACGGUGAUGUUUUAAAAUGUAUUUAUUUUCCUUUCUGCAGCACCUGUGACGUGUUUUCUGUCUCCUCUGUGACCUCUGACCUUUUAAAAUCCUCAUCUGGAGACUCCUUCACAAGUUACUCAGCGUUUGCUGUGGAAGGACAGGUCUUCCCAGCGCUAACUUGCUCACGCAGAUUAGCUUCAUUAUCCUCAGUAUUGCAGAUGAAAUAAAGAUGGUGUAACAGAUUGGUGUGAGGAGGUUGUUUGUGUAGUUUUAGCAGUCAAGAAUUUCAAAAGUUUAAUCAAUCGGACUGUAUGGAGCUGUUUCACAGCUUGCAACCUGAUUGGUUGGAUGAUGUAAAAAAAAAAAAGAAAAGAAAAGAAUGUCACAAUGCAACAAAGAUCAAAGCUGCUUCCUGCUUCCUGCUUUUAAUGCUAUGUUCCAUGUUUCCUUAAUAAUUUUUAAAAAUCUGGUCAUCGGAGCAGAGACCGGACUCCCUUCUGCUCUUCAGAAGUCUGUUUUGAAUGCAGCAUAACCUAGCCUUAAUCUCUAGAUAUUGCUCUGUGUGUGUGUGUGUGUGUGUGUGUGUGUGUGUGUGUGUGUGAGAGAGACAGGGUGCAUGUAGAGGCAGGUAGUACAGGAUUAAAGACUGAUGAAUAGAAGUAGAGGAGAGUGGAGUGAGAGAGCGCUCUGGGCAGAUUAGAGUAUAAAGUCCAGGAGACACAACAAGCCGUCCAUCUGUUAUUAAGACGGAGCAGGAGAUCAGGUGUGCUGGCGGUUCUGUAGUACAAACCGUUUGGAUGACCUUUCAGUCUGUUGUGUGAUUCAGCACAUCAGUAGUGUGUGUUAGAGGUUUAUGUGGGACUGCUUCUCGACACUAAUCCCACUCGACUCAGCGAAGAGUAUGAUCAAUCCCGUCCACUCCUUUAGUAAUGUUACUCAAUCCCAUCCACUCCUGCAGACCAAUCGCAAACACUUAUGCAGAAAGUUUGACCACUUCCCCCUGCUCUCACGAAAAGUCUGGAUUAUGUAAGGUUUUAAAAAAUGUUUACAUUUUUUUUCCCAAUCUGGACCAAUCCUGCCCACUCCUGCAGAUGCUCUUGACCAAUCCAAUCAUUUUAGACAGUUUGAUCGUCUCUCUCUGCUCUCACAGAAAGUCUGGAUAAUGUGAGAUUUAAAGGUUUCUUUAUUUUUCACUCCUCCCAAUCUUGACCAAUCCCACCCACUCCUGCAGAUGCUCUUGACAAAUCCCAAACACAGAAUUUUUUUUGCUCCUCCCCAUCUUGACAAAUCCUUCCCACUCCUGCAGAAAGUUUGACUAAUCCCUUGCUCCCACAGUAAUUAUUAUUUGCACCUUCCCAUAAUAUUCUUUCAAACUUAUGAUUGAUAGAUAGAUAGAUAGAUAGAUAGAUAGAUAGAUAGAUAGAUAGAUAGAGAUUUAGAUUUAUUUGUCACAAUGUGGAUUUUGUUUGUCAAUAUGUGAUCUUUUUAUGGCAUGAUUGUUGGAUCUGUUUGAUCUUCUAUUGUUAUUAGCGUUUUGCUAAUGUAACCAUGGCAGGGUUGGGUUUGGCCAUGGAGUGUGAAGAUAGCUUUAGGAAAACAAGCUAUCAGAAGGAGUGGGCGGGGGAGAGAGAGAGAGAGAGAGAGAGAGAGAGAGAGAGAGAGAGAGAGAGACAGGCAGUUACAUGUCUUGUCUCUGCUCAGCUAUGCGAACGACUUUGUGGCCAGAGCCUCACGUGACCUGCUUCUAACUCCAGUGCUGCAGGAUUGAGCUCUCAGAUCAACUUGUUCUUCUUCUCUUCUGCUCACCGGUGAGUCUCUCCAGCAUCGUAUCAACCUGCAGGUCAGAGAUUCGUGCUUCUAUGUUGUCGAUUCAUCUGUCUGCCUAGAAGAUGAAGGAAUAAACAUGGAUACACUCAACUGUUCUUCUGACAUCACGCAUACCAACGGCCAGUCAAACGCCAGCACUGCCCGCUUCGCCAGCUGGGUCACUUUUGAUGACGACGAUGGCGACGUGGAGGAGCCGGCCUUCCAGCACGCCCCCAAACCAUCCAGCAUUAGAAUCGGCAACCUGAACAGUUUUCAUUUACAGGACACCAACAGAAACUUGAUCGUGUCCUCCAUCCAAAACCAGACUUCAGACCGACACAUUCUGGAUUUAACUCCAGACAGAACGGAUUCUGUGUUCUUCGAAGACCCGCUGUUAAACAGCAGCACUCCUUACACCAAGAAGAAUCCCUUUCUCCAUGAGGAUUUUUUAAACAUUCAGCCUUCUCCUAUUAACCCUUUCAGUGCCUAUUUUAAUAAGACUGCACUGACGUCAUCUGACAGCCAUGAACCCCAGGAGACACCUCCUGCCUUCGUCGAUUCCUCGGCUACUAAUCCUGACACCCAAAGGAACUCCUUCCAUUUCUUUUCCACUGCAGAGAGUUUAGAUGGUGUGACUGGGAAUGGAACUGGUGCUUGUACCUACCCCUUACGUCUCCUUGGAGAUGGUUUGGAUCAGUUCAAAAGCAUGCAGAUCUCUGAUCCAGACCAGGAACCUUCUCUACCGGAUGACUCUGUGGAUGCAGGGGAAGAGGAGGAGAUUCCGUAUGUACCAGCUCACAUGGCUCCUCAAGAUGGCUGGCCCAUGCUCCUGCGCAUUCCCGAGAAGAAGAACAUCAUGUCCUCUCGGCACUGGGGUCCGAUCUUCGUAAGGCUCAGCGAUGCCGGUCAGCUGAGGCUCUAUUACGAGAAAGGUCUGGAGAAACACUUUAAGGAGUUCCAGCUCAGCGCCCAGCUCGAGAUCUCCGAACACAAGAUGCAGCACUACGAAGAGAACAGCCGUGUCCAUACUCUCAGCUUGGACCAGGUGGUGUACAAGGAGAAGCGCAAGAUCCAGCCAAAAGUCAACGUGGUUCACCUGCCUGUGAAGGAGCAGCUGAUAAAGCUCGGAACCACGGACUACCAGGAUUUUCUGAGCUUCAGGUACGCUUUGCAGGAAAAGCUGGCGGUGUUGCCGGCAGACGCGGAUGCCGCCGUCUCACCUGUGCCUUACUCCGAAGAGGAGAUUCAGGUCGAUGUUGUAGAUAACUUUUACGGCGUUCUGUCCAAAGGAGACAACCGUAUUUUACAACAGCUGGUAACGACGCAGAUUUCCGUGCUUGCCUUUUUAGUGGGUUCACCCCCCUGCCGCAUCGGUCUCAACGACAUCCGGGUGAAAGGUAAAGAGGUGGUGUCCCGGCAUGACAUCAUCCCCAACACUACAACGCGCUGGAUCCGUCUGCGCGACUGCCGACUGCACGAGUGCGCAGAUGAACCCGAGUUUACAGAAUCCAGGACCAUCUCCUUCGAGCCUCCAUCUGGACGGAGAUUCGAGCUUCUGCGUUUCCGGACAGCAUACGCCGAGAAGACGCUGCCCUUCACCUUGAGAACGGUGGUCAGUGUCCGAGGUGCAGAGGUGGAGCUACAGUCAUGGCUAGUGAUGUCAACAGGCUUCUCGUCCAAUAGAGACUCUCUAACGCUGAUCCCGUGUGAAAACGUUGCUAUUCGUUACCCCAUUCCCGAAACGUGGGCAAAGAACUUCCGCAGAGAGAGUGUGACGGGAGAAAAGUCGCUAAAGGCACGCUUUAAUAAAGGAGCCAGCUUUGGUUCUACAAGCACCUCAGGGCCAGAACCAUCUAUGAGGGUCACUCUGGGCAGUGCAAAGUACGAACAAGCCUUCAGAUCCGUGGUGUGGAGAAUCGGCCGCCUGCCGGACAAAAACUCAGUGCUGGGUCACCCUCACACCUUCUUCUGCCAUUUGGAGCUGGGAUCUGACCGGGAAGUGCCCGACAAGUUCCAGAGCGUGUUGGAGGUGGAGUUCGACAUGCCUGCUGCUUCAGCCUCGAAGACCACCGUCCGCUCUCUGUCUGUCCGAGACCGGCCCGAACUGAAGAAGUGGAUCACUUACAAAGCGCACUACUCAUACCAGGUGGAGAUCGAGCAGAAGAGCGAGGGAGCAAUGGAGGACCAGGACAAGGCGAGGCAGUGCGCUCAGCAGUGAUGAGGAAACUCUCCUUCACCUGGGUUAAAAGUUGCACUUUGAAUGAUGGAAACACUGAACAACGAGGUUAAAAUAAUAAACACAGUAUGGGCUUUUUCCGAGAUGAGGAUUUUUGUACAUGUUUGUUCUAAAUGACUUCAUGGACACUUUGGAAUGAAGUGAAACUCAGAAGAUGAUUGUGUUACAGCCACAACACCACCCAGUCACUCUGCUCCGCUUCAAGCCUUCGCUUCAGGACAGCCGAGUCGAUUUUCUCAGAUCAAAAACUUCAGCCUAGACAAUUUACAGUACUGUACAAAAAUCUUGGCACCCCACCCUACAUAUACACAGAUUUCAGUCCAAGUGUCAUCUUGCGUGGUCCUGAUGUGUCCUUAGAAAAUUGCACAACCGUGUAACAACGAGAAUGUUUACAUUUUCAUUCUUCACUCAUUCAUUAACAGAAUGAAAUCAUAAUUUAACCUAUUAGAAAUACCGUACACAAAAUCUUAAGGAAAAACUUAACAUUAGAUAAGGAAUAAAAACAUGCUAAACCCCGGAAAACCUCUAGACUGUGAGAAAGCUCUGCCACUGGAGACUCCUUCCAUACAUGAUCACCACAUCAGCCACCAAACUCAUUUUUAAUCAGUUUAUUAAUAGCGGAGUGUCUAAUGUACACGCCCCUAGUUGUUACCAUGGAAACGAUCACUUAUGACUGAGCUACAGCUACUAAAACUCAAUCCUCACAUUCUGACCAUUCAGAAUUGGUAAAACGGCGUCAUGAUUCUCAAAGAAACGUCUAUGAUAUACACUGAUCAGGUAUAACAUUGUGAGCAGUGAGAGGUGAAGUGAAUAAGACUGAGUAUCUCCUCAUCAUGGCACCUGUUAGUGGGUGGGAUAUAUAACAGUGGUGAACCGGAGACAGGGUCAUGGGUGGCCGAGGAUCAUUGAUGCACGUGGGGAGAGAAGGCUGGCCCGUGUGAGCCGAUCCAACAGACGAGCUACUGUUGAUCAAGUUCUGCAGAAGUUAAUGCUGGUUCUGAUAGAAAGGGGUCAGAAUACACAGUGCAGGACGGGUCAGGGCUGUUUUGGCAGCAAAAGGGGGAACAGCACAGUAUAAGGAAGGUGGUCAUAAUGUUAUGCCUGAUUGGUGUAUGAUAGAAAUGAUGAGAUAUAGAUUUAACAGCAGUACAGCAACCAUGUGUUAAAAACAUCCGUCUUAUUCUGGUCUUAACUUGCUUGUUAUUCAUCAACAAAUUUAUAAUAAGUCAUUUUAUAUUUUUAAUACUUAAAGUUUAAACAUGUAACACUGAAUAAGAGGAAAAAGUCUAAAAUGUAAUCUCUGUGACCUCAUUAUAACACUUUAAAACCAAACUUCAGGAUUUCACGCAUCAGCUGCUGGAACCGGGCUCAGGACAACUUCAUCUGGGUGACACUGGACAGGAAAUAAUGUCCUUUCUACAACAGUUUAUUGUCAAAUUCAUCAUCGUAUCACUCGGACCUGACCCCGAGUGCUCGAACCCGUCACAGAGAUUUCACAGGGAACCUUGAUAUAAGGUCUUAGUGGAUUUCUUCACGCAGGUGUUUGUACAGUACUGCAGGAGGAUACACGUGUAGAGUAAACCAAUUUAACUAAUCCCAUUACUUACCAGUGUAAGAGUUGACCCCUUUUCUGACGAAGCUCAUGGAGUUAAAAUGGUUUGGUCUGAAGGCAGCAGCCAGGAAACGGAGGAAGUCGGUCAGUUUGAUUCACAGACGGACACGAAAGGGAAAAAAGGGAAGAUCUGGUUAAACUUGAACUCCAACGCAGAUUGACGUCGUUACGUGUGAUCAUGUUCAUCACGUUUUAGUUUUGGUUUUUUUUCCAACACGAGAUUUACACAAGUUGCCAUGGAUAUGUGAUCAAUUCUUUAAACCCAGACAGGAAGUGAUGGUCAGAUUAAAGCAGACUUGUAUCAUCAGGGUCAGGGGGAAAAAAAUAAAAUAAAAACCUGGACAAAUAUUUAAAUCAGAAAUAUAAAUAUCUUUUAUAUUUUCCCUUAUUUUCACACAGUGUGUUUUUUCCCCAUGGUGCACUUCAUGAGAUUAAUAAUAAUAAUAAUAAUAAUAAUAAUAAUAAUAAUAAUAAUAAUAAACUGCCAAGAACAAACAAAAUAAACUGAAAUGAUCUGACACAAAUUCUGGAAGUUUCUCAACUUUAAAUGUAACUAUAACUGGAUAAAAAAAUACAGUGUUUAGAUAGAGAGAGACUUUAUUCAUCCCAAAGGUAAAUUUACAAAUAAUAAUUAAUUAAUUAAACUCAUCCUGUUAUUAGAAAGAAGAAUUUAUUUUCUCCAUUUUGAAUAUUUAUUUUUAAACAUCCAGACACUUCUAAAAGGGAAAAAAAUUGGCGUAAAAGAUCAAAUUUUAUUUAUUGUUCUUUAUUUUUAUAAUAUUUUUUAAUAAGUAAUAUUUAGACAGAAUCUAAAUUCAUGUGUUAAAAUAGUUUGUGUUAAAAGGUGAAAAAUUAGAUUUUUUUUGUUUAAGUGACCUCUGAACCUGGACUAAGAAGAACUAUCUGAAUUUUUGGGUUUUAUUUUUAUGAGCGCUUGUAAAAACUGAAUUUUUUCCUCAUGUCAAAGUACGCAGUCUUUUGCACUGGGGCGUGUAUCGCUCGUUACGGCCACGCAGACACCGGGGUUAAUUAUCCGAGGCGUCCACCUCCUGUCUGAUAACACUGUUUACGUCCAUUGAUGAAUACACACAAUAUAUUUCACUGAGCCCCCCCCCAAAAAAAACACUGAUUCUUGCCGCUUUGUUUUAUUGCGAUUCGCAUCUUUAUACUACUCUAUAUUUUUCCCUUCAUUUCAGGAGGAAAAAAAAAAUCUACUGUAUUGUUUUAUUGUAAUAUUUGUGUGUUUUUUUUUUUUAAACACUAACAACUAUAACAUGUUGGAGAUCUCGGGGAGUUUUGCACUAUUAGACUUAAAAAAAAAUAAAUAAAAUAAAUUUAGAAUGAUUUUUUAGGGUACAGUGCCUGCAGUGACUGUUUUUCUCUUUCUUUUCCCCCCCAACAUGGAAUUUAUGUUGUUUUUAUUUCCUUUCAGUGCCAUGUGACUUCUGAAGUUUUCUUUCUUGCUAUUUUUAAUUCUGAUUUGUCAAAAAUUCAGUUGUCAGUGCGUCUAGACUAAAGCGUGAAAUAAAAUGUUUUGUUAUUGCAGGGAAAAGAUGGAAAAUCAAAAAUAAAAAAAUUAAAAAAAUUA